CUCGCAAAGGGCAACUCUCCUCUGCGACGCGUUUCAAACUUUUAAACAAAUCCGGACCGUUCAUUUCUAUGUCCACCCCCCUAAAACUCAACGUCAAGAUUCUGACAGUUCCAGCACAGAAACACCUUCCUCUCUUCUCUCCCCCUGAAUAUUCUUCUGCCUCCGCCACUCCGUUUUGGCCCCAUUCAAAUCAAUCUCAGAGAAAUCCUACUUCGUUUCAAAUGGCGGACGAAGAAGAAUCGGAGCUAAGCGAGAAGCAGAAGAUUGAUAUAGCCAAGUGGUUCCUCCUCAACUCUCCUCCCGGUGAAAUCCAAUUCGUCGCCGAAGAUGUGAAGGCGGUAGUCAACGACGACGUUUUGUACGAAGAAGCAGCUUCAGUGGCUUUUCCACUGUAUAACAAAUCACACAUGAUUUCGCUGGAAAUGCCUGGUGGAAUUGGAGAUGUUCUAGUUACAUCUUUCGGAGAGCUCCGUGAGAAUGAGUACCUUGAUCCCAGGACUGCUCAUGUUGCCGUAGUUGACCAUAUCAAACAGGUUUGUCCAGACGUGAGACCUGCAUUGGAUGAGGAACUUCCUUCCGCAUAUGUUGAGGAAUUCAGGUGUGCUUUGGAUGGAGAAAUACUUAGAUAUGUGGGUGAAGCUUAUCCAAAAGGAGUCUGCUCAGUGUACUGUGGGAAUGGUAAAGAUGCAGAGGGCCCAGGAUCUGACUUUGAGCUCGUGGUAGUGAUUUCAGCUGCUAGACACAGCCCACAAAAUUUCUGCAAUGGUAGUUGGCGUUCAGUGUGGAGUAUUGAGUUCAAAGAUGAAGUACAAGUGCUGGAAUUAAAAGGCAAACUGCAGGUGGGUGCCCACUAUUUUGAGGAGGGGAAUGUGCAGUUAGAUGCAAAACAUGAAUGCAAAGAUUCAACAAUUUUUCAGUCCUCUGAAGAUUCUGCAAUUACCAUAGGCAACAUUAUAAGGCAACACGAGGCAGAAUACUUGGCAUCUCUUGAGGCAUCCUAUUCAAACUUGCCCGAUACCACUUUUAAGGAUCUUCGUAGAAAGCUUCCAGUUACUCGCACCCUAUUUCCAUGGCAGAAUACUUUACAGUUUAGCUUGACAAGAGAUAUCACAAAAGAACUUGGCAUUGGAAAGUGAAUUCACCCUUUCAACUGGAAGGUGUUCGACUGAGAGAACAAUUUUUCUCCCAUGUAGACCCAUUUCAUGAGUAUGUCAGUCAUGCAUAGAGGGUUUGCCUAUUUAUCAUUCCCUUUCUCUGAAGUGAUGCCUUCUGCCAUUGGAGCUUCUCCCUCAGUUUUGUGCAUUGUAAUAUAAUUGGGAUAUCUAUGUUUGUGUAUAGUACAGGGUUGUGGCUGAUUUCCUAAACAUGGAAGAUGUUGGGGAGUUUGUAAACUAUAUACGGCUUGAUCCCUGCAUUUUCUUUCAAGAGAUUUGAAUUGAAAACAUCAUCCUUAAGUUGCCUUGGCCAACUUAAAA